AUGGUUUAUUACGGCGCCGCCUCGCGUGUCAACUCUGGACGCACCGGACGCGCACCAUCACCUGGCAAUGAUUCUGACGAGGAAAUGAUCAACACAGAGAAUGACACGGGUUACGCUUCGUGGGCUGCAAAUCAGGAAGAAGAUGAGGACGUGGGCGAGCCGUCGGAAGUUGCCCCAACCGAACUCGUCGAUGAGGACGCAGAAGCGGCGCGAUCGAGGCAGCGCUCAGUCACCACCCUGAGCCAUGCGGCACCAGUGACUCCCGUCGUCACCGCGUCAGGCGGACGUGGCCCCACCGUGGCCGCCACUGGGGGCGUCAACGUUCCUGCUGCAGCACCUGCACCAGCCCCAGCCAUGAACGCGGCAAUGGCUGCGCGCCUUCGCGCCCGCGAGCGCGAGAUAGUAGACCUCAACUCCCGGCUCCGCGAGGCACGGCGUACGGGCAACAGAAACGGGACGGAAGGGGAUGCUGACACCCAAGGACAGCGCAACGUGUCGCCAGCAACGACUCGCCAGCGCACACGGGAGAGCAACCCGACUGUCGAGCAACGAGGCCCUGGUCCGCAGCAUGAGCGCGUGUACACUCAGUUCGUGGCACAGGCCCUCGCUAGGGAGACGGCGAUUGUGCGUGGCAGGCAUGGACCUCCUACCGAACAGCUGGACGCAGUUGGGGAGGGGAUAAAGCUGCUCGUGUACGCCACGCGUGUUCGGCGCAUGUCAUUCUGGCCGUCCCCGGUACUUGUCGAGGCGACGAUGGCUCGUGCCCUUCGUCUGCGCACAAGGGCACAGCGUCAACAGCUUCACCUCGUGUGGACCAACGACGCUGCUCGGUCGGGGUGGUUCAUCCGCAAAAUGCAAGUGUUCCGUAACACUCGCUGGGAGCAGGGAAGGGCGUAUGUGUACGUCCUCAACGGGCUGCCAUAUGAGCCCCCGACCUUCUCUCGUGUUGCGGUGCCAGCGGACAUGACUACUAACGGGGUCCCACAAGUCUCCCGCGAGGACUUCAUCGCCCGUCAUCGCGCAGGACCUGGCACGUUCCAGCUGCUCGCGUGGCAUGUCCUCAACGGCCUGCCCUUCGCCGCCGACUCCUUUGAGAGGGGUAUCUACAAGUCAUUCCGCCGAGCAGGCCCACCCCCUCUCGUCCUGAGGACCUAUGUCAUCGCCUUCUGGCUCUACGGGGUGGAGUUUCCGCUGAUCAACGGCGGACAGAUGCCACGGUCUGCGCCUCAGAACGACGAGGCGGUGCGCUGGUACCACGACCGCGUGGUCGAGUGGGCCCAUCGUAGCAUCAUGGCGAGCACCCCGGCUAGUGGACCGUGGUGGGACCCUAAUGCCCGUGCAUGGGCAUUUCGCCAGGGCAGUUCCGUGAUUAUUUCCGAGGACGGCCUCGAGGACAUUUCUCCACUGGCUCCACCCCUGCACCCGUUUCCGGCCGCCGCGGCCGCAGAUAAUGGCGACAACAACGAUACCGAUACCGAUGCCUAG